AUGCCAGCAAGCUACCAAUAUCGCGGCCAAAGCAUAAUGGCGAAAUUAAAAAAUAAAAUAAAGCUUAAAUUAUUAAAGCAUGCGCAUAAAAAUUUAAAUAAAAAUAAAAAAAUACUUUUAAAUAACGGGAAGGUUUUACGUAAAGCAAAGUUAUUUUUAAACUUUUUAUAUUUAAAAAAUCGGCAAUUUGGCAAAAUAUUGCCCAUUAUAUUAACAAUUACAAAUUUAUUUUUAAAAGCGAAAAGGAACGCUACGGUAAGGACCGUAUAA